AGACCAUUGGAUUACUUUAAGUGUGUGAGAAAAGGAAAGCACUUGUAUCGAAAGGAUAUCUGAGUAGUGCCAAGCGCAAUGUGGAAAUAUGUCAUUCUGUUCGUGUUCUGUUUACCGUCAACCUCACCUCAAUACAAAGGUGAACUCGUUGCGCCUUUGAUCAGCAAUGAAUUCCCCGAAACAUCGCCUAACUCCGAAUGUGCCCUAUUACUACAAAGGACUUACGUAAGCAGAGAAAGAUUUAGGGAUCCUUAUCUUUACGAUUCUGUCAAACCCGGCCGGCCUAGUCCUAAAGAAGAAGUUUGUAUCCUAUAUUCGGAUGUCAAUGAUGCGGUGGCAGAAGCCAGGAAAAAGUUGGAUUAUCGUCAGCCUCCCACAAUCAACAGUCUGGAACCUUACCCCGGUGAUAUUGAUAUUACAGCUGAACUUGUAUUGGAAGUAACCAGAAUUUUGGCGAAUAGGUUCCGACUUUCGAAUGAUGAAAUCAUCAAUGGUCUUCCUCUUAUCGAUACAUCUCGUACUGAUAUAUGGGAUGUGUGUCCCGCUCACGUAAAACCUAUGCCAUGCACAAUGGAAAGAUACAGAAGUCACACGGCCCAUUGUAACAAUAUGAAACAUCCUUCUUGGGGUGUGGCCAAUACUCCUUUUGUUCGAUUCCUUCCUCCAGUUUACGCAGAUGGUAUUUCCGCUCCUAGAGUAUCUGUCGUGGACGGUGGUCCACUUCCAAAUGCCAGAUUAGUAAGCAGCAGUAUCCACAGAGAUCACGAUCAGCCAAGUGGUCAUUUAUCUGUUUUAGUUAUGUCUUGGGGUCAAUUCAUCGAUCACGAUUUAACUCUAGCUUCCCCUCCUCGAGAUGCGAAUGAUCUGGAUUUCGACUGCUGUGGAAUACCUCCCGAAAAACAACAUAAGAAUUGUAUGACAUUGGAAAUUCCACGUAACGAUCCGUUUUAUUCACGUCAUGGGCAGACAUGUAUGGAUUUUAAAAGAUCAAUUGCCGGACAUCGACCCAGUUGCGCUCUUGGUCCUAGAGUUCAUGUCAAUCUCUUAACCGGAUCAAUCGACGCAAACUUUAUCUAUGGUUCCACUGAAGACUUAUCUAGUAAACUACGAUUAAGAAGUCGAGGGUUAAUGAAAACAUGGGACCGUUUCCGAGAAUAUGGACUUAAACCUCUAUUACCUGCUCAAUCUGAUAACGCUGAACGAGACUGUAUUGCUAGACCUCGUCGAAUGUAUUGCUUCUUGGCUGGAGACGAACGAGUUAACGAACAGAUCCACUUGACAGUUUUGCAUACUCUUUAUGUCCGAGAUCAUAAUAGACUAGCUACAAAAUUAGCUCAGUUGAAUCCACACUGGGACGAUCAUAGAAUAUAUCACGAGACUCGCCACAUUCUUGCAGCAGCUCUGCAAUAUAUUACAUACAACGAAUUUUUACCUAUGACUCUAGGAGACGAUCUGAUGCACAAAUAUAAUCUCACUUUAUUAAAAGACGGAUAUUGGAACCAUUAUGAUCCGGAUGUCCAUUUAGGUUUAGGAAACGCUUUCCAGGCAGCUGCCUUCAGAUUCGGACAUACCCACAUUCAAGGGAUGGUUCGGAGAUAUAAUAAAUAUCACGAAUUUUUAGGACAACACGAACUGCACAACCUCCUCCGACAUCCCUUCAUUCUAUACGAACCCGGAAAAUUAGAUGAAUUAAUAGGAGGUCUGAUAAAUACACCCGCUCAAACAUAUGACCCAUUUAUCACAGACCAGGUGACCAAUCACUUGUUUCAAGAGCCACCCGAUCAUUUUGGAAUGGAUUUAGCGGCAAUGAAUUUAUUAAGAGGAAGAGAACACGGUUUACCCGGAUAUAACGACUAUCGUGAAUGGUGUGGACUACCUCGCGCUAAAACCUUUUCCGAUCUAGAACCUUAUCUAAAUAACCAAACAGCUUUUAAGUAUUCUCAAAUUUACAAGCAUCCUGACGAUAUCGAUCUGUGGAGUGCUGGUGUUUCCGAAAGGGUUCUACCUGGAGCUAUGGUAGGCCCUACAUUCGCUUGCAUCAUAGCUCGACAGUUCUCCAAUUUGAAGAGAGGAGAUAGAUUUUGGUUUGAAAAUUCUGGCUUCCCCUCCGCUUUCACUCCAGAACAACUGCGCGAGAUCCGUAAAGCCACUCAAGCCAAAAUUAUAUGCGAAAACGCUGACGAUAUGCCCACUAUUCAACUUUGGGUGAUGAGGCUCCCACAUCCUAUUUAUAAUCCCCGACUGCACUGCUCCGAUAUUCCCGACAUAGAUUUAAGAUAUUGGCAAGAAGAUCCAAAAUUACAUCAGAAGUUCCAGUUUACUUGUUUACUUCGGAAUAAGAAGAUACGUCCAUAUGUAACGUUCAUGUAUGUAUUGGUGACGGUUAUUUUGCUGGUUUUGGGAGAUAAUAUAAUUCUCUCGGUCCAGCAAGUAAGACCCCCUUUCAACAAUGAUUAUUCUCCAGGAUGUGCUUUAGUUUUGAAGAGUGGAAAACGAAGAGUUCAUUCCAAAAGAUCCUUACCACCUGGCAUCCAAUUCAUCAAGGCUUUUGUGGAAGACUGGAGAGUAGAAGAAAGUUCGGAAAGCGGGCCAGACUGUAUUACAUUUGACGACAUUAAUAGAGCAGUGCACGAAGCCAGAAGAAAAUUUGGACAAGAAGUUCCAUGGGAAAUUCAAGAGUUGUCUUCAGUACAGCCUAAGCCCGAACAUAUAUCAAUCGUAGCCGAAAUUCUGCUAGAGGCGACAAAAAUAUUGGCUCACAGAUUCUAUCUCUCUUUCGAUACUAUAGCCCAUGGACUCCCGCAAAUCGAAACUUCCAAAACAAUUAUUAAUGAUAUCUGUCCUACUUUUCUCAAACCAGUGAAAUGUGAAGUCAGUCGUUAUCGCACUUUGACUGGAAUGUGCAACAAUUUAGACAAUCCCUCCUGGGGUUCUGCUCGAUCGGCUAUGGUUAGAUUUUUGCCUCCCAAUUAUUCAGAUGGAAUAUCUGUACCUAGACGAGCAUAUGAUGGAGAAUUGUUGCCUAGUCCCAGAAUUGUCAGUUUGGUCAUGCAUCACGAUGUAAGCGAACAUGAUUACGGAAUCUGUAACAUGAUUGCUGCUUGGGGCCAGAUGUUAGAUCACGAUUUAACUAGAGCAGCUCCUUCUCUUGAUCAAAGUAAAAGAAGCAUAGAAUGUUGCAAAUCACAGCAGAAACAUUAUAACUGCUAUCCGGUUAACAUUCCCUCCGAUGAUCCGUUUUAUAAAUUCUUUGAUCGAAAAUGCAUGAAUUUCGCUAGAUCUCUGGCUGGUUUGCAACCUGGAUGCAGAUUGGGCCCUCGUUGGCAAGUGAAUGCGAUAUCUGCUUACAUAGAUGGAAAUUUCCUUUAUGGGAGUAACGAAGAAGUUGCUAACAGAUUAAGAGAAUAUAGAGGAGGAAGGUUGAAAACGUCACCUCUUUAUCGAAAUUUGGGAUUAAAAGAUUUACUUCCUAUGAAAACUGUGGAUCCAGAUGUGGGUUGCAUUGCCAGACCAAGAAAUUUAUAUUGUUUUGAUGCCGGCGAUAACAGAGUCAACGAACAAUUGCAAUUGGCAGUGAUGCACAUUUUGAUGAUGAGAGAACAUAAUCGAAUUGCAAACAUUCUUUCACAAAUAAAUCCUCAUUGGGACGAUGAAACAAUUUAUCAGGAAACACGACACGUUAUUUCUGCAGAAAUACAACACAUUACUUACAAUGAAUUUUUACCAGUUGUCUUGGGAGAUGACAUGAUGAAGAAAUACGACCUACAACCUUUAGCAAAGGGUUACUAUCAAGGUUACAGCCCUAAAAUAAAUGCCGGUAUAAGAGCAGCCUUCCAAUCUGCAGCUUUUCGAUUUGGACAUAGUUUAUUACCGGAUGUUACCGAACGAUAUAAUAAAUAUCACGAGAGAAUAGAGGCCAUUCGUCUAUCAACUCAAUUACUGCAACCGUACGAUUUGUACAAACCGGGAAUUAUCGACACUUUUAUUUUGGGUCUUAUAAAUCAAGAAGCUUACCGUAUGGAUACAGAAAUCACUACCGAAGUAACGAAUCACUUAUUCGAGAAACCUGGAGAUAGGUUUGGAAUGGAUUUAGCAUCGAUGAAUAUGCAAAGAGCGAGAGAACAUGGUUUGCCCGGAUAUAAUCGUUAUAGAGAAUAUUGUGGUUUACCACCUGCUAGAAGCUUCGAUGAUCUCGUUGGUUUAAUGCCAAAUAAAACCAUUCAUCGUUACAGCAAAUUAUAUAAAAAUAUCCACGAUCUUGAUUUAUGGAGCGUAGGUAUUGCAGAAUUUCCUAUUCCUAAAGGUAUAGUUGGUCCGACAUUUGCUUGCUUAAUUGCCGAACAAUUUGCUAAUAUCAGAAGGGGAGAUCGGUUUUGGUAUGAGAAUCCAGACUGGCCUUCAAGCUUCACUCCAGCUCAACUUCAAGAAAUAAGAAAAGUAAAAUUAAGUCGACUUUUGUGUGAUAACGCAGAUGACAUGAUCAGUGUACAGUUUCAUGCUAUGAGAAUGGCUGAUCCAAGACUAAAUCCACGAUUAGAUUGCGGAGGGCCAGAUAUACCAAGAAUGGAUCUGACAAAAUGGAGAGACACUAAAUACGACAAAUGAACAUGAAGAUUUUAUAACCGUGAUCCCAAUAUGUAAAUACCGUUUGAACUCUUAUUUAAGCUUCGGAACCACGAAUGUUGAAGAUGGUGACAACCAUUGUCUUCUAUUUAGGAGGAUGUUUGUCAUUAAGUACAAUAAAUUCUAAAUCGUUU